AUGCACAUCCUCACCACAACCGCCAACGCCGCCCUCUACACCAAGAAACAAGCCACAAAGCAGAUCAACGUCAUGAACACCGUGUACAAACGCAUCGGCCUGAACUUCAAGCUCAUCGAAACUGACAUAACCGUCAACGACGCAUGGGCCGUGGCCGAUGGCGCUGACAUGGACGCUAUGAAGCUCGCGCUCCGCAAAGGGACCUACGCCGACUUGAACCUCUACUUCCACUCCGAUCUCACCAGUGGCAUUCUCGGAACCUGCACGCUACCCUCGCAAGUCCAGGUCGGCAUGGACAAGGCGCUGUACGCUUCCGAUGGAUGCAAUAUCAACGCCAACACGAUGCCUGGAGGGUCACUGACGGGCUACAACCAGGGUAUGACGGCCGUGCACGAGACGGGACACUGGUUGGGACUGCUGCAUACCUUUGAGGGAUACUCCUGUGAAGGCGAAGGCGACAUGAUCGAUGAUACGCCAAUGCAGUCUUCGAGUACGGAUGGGUGUCCGACGGAGGUGAAGGAUAGUUGUCCUGGGUUGCCAGGCGUGGACCUGAUCCACAACUACAUGGACUAUAGCUCGGACUCGUGCUACACGGGCUUUACGCCGGGACAGGUCGCCCGAAUCAGGGCGCUGUGGGAGCAGUAUCGGAAGGGAUACUAG